AUGAAGCUGGCCUGGGGAGGAUGUGGUCCCUCUCAAUCCGACAUCAUUUUUGUGACGGAUGAGUCCGGUUCCGUCGGAUCCUAUAACUUUCAGCUGACCCUCGAAGCACUGAGAGACACGGUGGCUCUGCUGGACAUAGACUCAGGUAACGUCCGAGUCGGGGUGAUGUGUUUCCAAUCGUCACAGAGAACCAUUUUUCAUUUGAAUGCCUACAACUCGAUUUCCAGCAUGCAAACCGCCAUCAUGAAUAUUGAUUACAAAGCUGGAGGAACGAAAAUUGGAAGUGCUAUGAAGUUUACAAGAGAGAACAUGUUUCUUUCGAGCAAAGGUGACCGUGCAGGUGCAACAAACAUAAUGGUGGUCCUCACGGACGGUGUCUCCAACGACAACGAACGGGCCGAAGCAGCUCUCGUCAAAGCCGCCGGCAUUGUCAUCAUAUCAGUCGGGAUCGGAAACAAUCUUGACGUUCCUAUGUUGAUAGACAUCGCCCACGACCCGUCACAUUAUUUACAAACAGAAUACUCCCAGUUAGCUGCCACGCUUUCUGCAUUUGUCCAGUCUAAGGUUCCUUGCCCAUGGUAUUGUGAUACUGGUAGCGGUUUUGAAAGAGGCGGUGAUCUUUCUAAAACAUCAUCUCUUAACAGUAACUCAGGCGUGACGUACAUCCUGGAGGAUACCUCCUCCUCCAUAUCGUGUUGUGGGGCCGUGGAAUCUUGGUCGCUAUAUCCCAAAAGGUCCGGGUCGAUUUACCUCCAGAUUUGGCGUCCUCUUUCUGGAUCCACCUACAAACUGGUUGGCUACAACUACCUCUACAUACACUCGGGAAACAUCAACAGAAUCGUCAAGUACAUUGUUCCAGAUAAUGAAAGAAUUACAGUUAACGAUGGAGAUAAAAUUGGAUGGUAUAGUUCUGGACAGGAAAUGAUACCGUACACUUCCGCCGGAAGUAAUAACCAAAGGCGAUUCUCCUGGGGAACUACGACAGUGGGGACAACAAAAAGUGUUUCUUCUUACUCCAACAUCAAUGCUCAGUUUGCCAUCAAACUCAACCUAGAAAACGAUACGAGUGAUCUGUGGUUUGUAAACUCAGGCAGAACAAUACAUCUCUAUGACAAUGCAUCACCUGGAACCCAGGUAUACACAGUUGUAAAUGGACAGCGUUCACAGGAUAUACUUACAAGGUACAUGAGUGACCCGAGCGGAAGAUUCACCUGGAACUCCAACACAGGUAUUGUGAGUACAACUUCCUCGCUCGUCAAUGGACAGACAUAUGUAAUGACGUUUACAGCAAAGAAGACAUGUCUAAAUACCACCAUAUCGGGGGGUUCAUUGUCAGUCAAAGUUUCUAACACUCCGCCACGGAUCACGUCUCUUCCCGCCGUCAUGACGUUAUCGGAGAACCAAGAAAGCAGCAAAACCCUCCACGUGUUGACUGUAGCAGACGGCACCGACAGCACAGUCACGUGCUCCAUCGUCUCUGUCGAUCCAUCGUCUGCAACAUCAUUGUUCUCACUCAACAGAGCUUCCCCAAUGAGUUACAACUUGGUUCUGAACAGUAACCCUGGCUUUGACUAUGACACCAUUAAGAAAUACACAAUAACACUCUCCUGUACAGACGGAAAAAACAGUCCAGUGUAUGGGUAUUUCAAACUAUUCUUGCAACGUAACGUCCGGCCAGCUUUAAGUAAUAUUCCAGCUAAUGGAUACUCAUACAGUGCCAGCUCCAGAAGUAACAUGACCGACUUCAUUACACUGACCGCUACUGACCCCGAUAACUCAGACUUCACGUACGCCUUUGAAUACUGUGGACCUUAUUCAUGUCCGGUCUGGAUGCUUGAUGACAGCAGUGGUUUAGUCGAAUACAAUCAAAGCAUGGGAGGAUGGUGGAAAGGUGGUUUUAAUGUCGGAUUCUCUGUGACGGACGGCAAAACAAAAUCCAAAACCAAAUAUAUUCCAGUUCAUCUUACUGGUUACCGUUAUAGUCCGUCGUUCAUAAGCCUUCCGACCCAAAACAAUAUAAUCAUCAACGAGAAGAUUCCCACAAACCAGUACCUGUUCACUGUCACCUAUUACGACCUUGAUGUCAAUGCAUUGUCUGUAACUUUUACAAUUAGCAAUGGCGACUGGACUUACUUUACCAUCAAAGACAAUACUGAUGUAUACACCAGCAAUACUCAAAUAGACUUUGAAAGCUUAUCGAGAACAAACUACUAUAUACAAGCCAGAGUGAAUGAUGGAACUUCGACUGUAAGCAGGGGUUUCUGGGUAUAUAUCAGAGACAUCAAUGAAGCUCCAACCUUCCAGACCACUGUCUACACUGUCACCGCUGACGAAGGACCGGCGGGUACACAAUUAACACCAUAUCCUCCAGCGUACGUCUUCACAGACAUAGACGCCACCGAUAGCCACUUUUUCACCCUCGACUGUGGGGCUAAUACCCGGUAUCUGAGCUUUGACACCACUAACGGAGCUGUUUCCUUUGGUCGUGCUGUAGACGUUGAUAAUGGAGCUCCUAGAAUGAUGUCGUGCAAAGUCAAAGUAUAUGACAAAGGAUAUUUGAGUGAUACAGCAGAUUUGUACGUUACCAUUUAUGACACUAACGAUAAUGCGCCUCGUUUUGAUAAGCAAUAUUACACGUAUUCUAUUUCUCCUGGGAUUACUCCAGGUACAGUGGUCGGAUUAAUCACUCUGACGGAUGCAGAUCUCACUGCCCCCCACAAUUCAAUAGGGCGUGUCUGGUUUGAAAACCAGCCUACAGAUUCAAAUGGACAAAAUUAUUUCUCCUACGACAAUAUCACCAAAGAAUUCACUGUCGCACAGAAUUUGAGCCAGUAUUUCUUUGGAAGUUAUCUCGAGUUCCAGCUAAAAGCUCUUGAUCUUGGAUCGCCUCCAUUAGAGGCAACAGCUAAUAUAGUAAUAUUGUUUGAACCGACUACAACGACUAUCGCUGUGACAACAACAGAAACACCGGGAAGUUUCGGAGGUGAUGCAAAGAACACACUGUGGAUGACCGCCGUGGGAAUGGGGGGUGUGGCUAUGCUUGCAACCGGAGGAUAUGUUGCCUUUAAAGCAUUCAGCAGUGCGUCUGGCUUUUCUCCGACUGGAAGUGGUCCCAUCAAUGUAUCAUCUGCACCACAGACAUCUGACCCAGCGGUACCGGAUGAUCAGAGUCGGCAAAAGAAACCCAAGAAGGCCAAAAGUAAAGGUCGCGACAAAGUCUUCAAAGACAGCAACAUGGUGUGAAAUUUUAAAAAACC